AUGUGCAUGUUGGAGUGGGCAACAAGGAUGCGGGAUGGGCUGUCGGAUUACGUUGACGGUAGAACUCUGGGAAGACAUGGCGAGGGGACGGCGGAGGGGGAACAGCACAACUCAAGCAUCCAAUGGAAUUGCAGGCGUGAGAGAUGCAAAGAGAUGCAGGAAAGAUUCUCGUCUGCGUGUUUGUCUUUUGGGAUGCUGGUGGCUGAGGAUAGACGGCUAGAGCUCGGAUGCGCUACGCAGCAUCUCCACACUCACUCAUCCCCCGAUCGGUCCAAUUCCCGCCAUUUAAUUCCUUCUCUGUGCUCAAUACAAAAAUAUAUUCGAAAAGUUUUCUGUCAAUUUCACCUCAAACGCACGUCAUACCUUUCAUUGCCCCAGCACGCGCCCCGUCGCUCUCCGUUUGCCCUCCGCCCCUUGGCGCCCCCCCACCUCCCCCCGUCAUCCCAUCCCACUCCUCCAUCCGUCGCCCCAUCCCAUGCGUCGCUCCAUCCAAUCCGCCGUGAUCCCCAGCGCCUCCGUCCUCUUGUUUGUGUCGCGCUUCAUCGUCCCAGCGGUCGCCUCUCCCUCCACAUGCGCGCGUGGUAA